AUGGCGGUGCCCGCUUUCUUCCAGACCAAGGAUCGCUGCGAAGAGCUUCGGUCUCCCAACUACUUCAACCUAUCUCUCUCUCUUUUGAUCCUUCUUGGCCUCUUGAUUUCAUACCUUCCCCAACAUCACCGUAUCGCUUCGAGGCGAACUUCCGAGGGCAUUUCCCCUUGGUUCGUUCUCCUGGGCGUUACCUCGGCCACCUCCGGUUUCGCCAACAUCCUGACUGUGCCGCCAUCACGACAAGACAUCGCCUGUUGCAGUCAGCUGGAAACUUCCGAAUGCUUGGCAGGUCUCCUGGGCAUCGCUCAACUGGGCGUCCAGUGGCUUUGCUUCGCCCUCAUUCUGGUUCUUUUCCUUGUCUUCUUCCGAUCUGAAGAUGCAGAUGUGCCCGAAGAAGAGCUGACUGGCGAACCGCCCAAGUGGCACACUGCGGUCACUGUCGGGCUGCUGUGUGUGUUCCACGCCGUCAUCAUCAUCAUCCUGACAGGUGUUUUUGCCGUCGCAUUGAAGAGUCAUCUUAACUUUUGGGCCAACCUGCUAGGUGUCAUGGCAGCCGCGCUCGCCGCUGUCCAGUAUAUUCCUCAAAUCUGGACGACUUAUCACUUGAAACAUGUCGGCAGUCUCAGCAUUCCCAUGAUGUGUAUUCAGACCCCGGGCGGAUAUCUAUUUGCGUUCAACUUGUGGCUCAGGUUGGGUUCCGAGGGAUGGAGCACGUGGGGCAUCUUUCUCCUGACGGCUACCAUGCAAGGCAUCCUACUGGGCAUGGCCAUCUACUAUGAGUUGACCAAAGAGCGAGACCAAAGCGAGAUUGAGAACAACGGUUUAGAUGACGACGAGCCUCAAAGGCCAAACCCUAUCCGUACCUACUCCGAGGGCUGGCAGGACGGCCUGCCCGGGCCCUACACGGCCCAUCCAGAGCGUUACGCUGAAACAGAGGAGGAGCUCGAGAGACUGCACGACCGCGAGGAACGCCAAGUUCUUCGUGAGGAUAGACCUCUGCUGCGACCAGGUGGCAUUGGCACACCACGAGUCAACUACAACACGACUAGUUGA